ACACACAGUAGAUCUAACAUCUUUGAUGCUGUUAUGAAGUGUGGUAGGCUGCGUCUGCCUUCAGCUCUACGUGAGAUGAGGAUGAAAAGCAUUGUAAUGCUCGCAACAGAAGCUGAAUCCAUGUGAAGGAAAGUAGGCUAACCUCGGGCCUCACCACACGCCGGCGUCAUGUCUUUAUCCACUAUUGGGAAGAAACUUGUUCAUUUGGACCUGAAAGGGGCACCUCCCAAAUUUGAGUACUUGCUGAAGCUUAUUCACUUAUACGCUGACCUCGGUGCGAACGGACUACUAAUUGAAUAUGAAGAUAUGUUUCCUUACGAGGGAGAGCUGAAGGUCCUCCAAGCUUCGGCAUAUCCUUCUUACAGCCGGGAAGAGAUUUUUACCUUGCAAGACACUGCCAAAUCCAGGAACUUGGAGGUCAUUCCCCUGGUCCAGACCUUUGGACACCUGGAGUUUGUCUUGAAGCAUGCUGCGUUCCGUGAGCUGCGUGAGGUGGGGCACUGCCUUGGCACCCUGAACCCCCACAAGGAGCGUGGGGCGCAGCUGGUGCUGGAGAUGCUGCGCCAGGUUAUGGAGCUUCACCCUGGGAGCAGCGCACUGCACCUGGGAGCAGAUGAGGUCUAUCUGCUGGGCCAGGGGGACGAGUCCAGGCAGUGGCUGAGUGCUCCAGACAGCAGUGUGCACCAGCUCUUCCUGAGUCACGUCACCAAAGUAGGCAAGACGAUGCAGGAGCGAUACCCAGACCUCAGUCUGAUCAUGUGGGACGACAUGAUGCGGGGAAUGUGCCUGGAUACACUGAAAGAGAGUGGUCUUGUGGGACUGGUCCAGCCUAUGAUAUGGGACUACAGUCCUGCUUUGGAUGUGGAGAAUACAGUGCUUCUGAUGGAAAAGUACAAUUCAGCUGGCCUACCUCGGCUGUGGACAGCCAGCUCUUUCAAAGGCUCUACCAAUGUCCACACCUGUGUUCCCAACACACAGCGCCAUGUAGACAACCACCUGCAGUGGCUCCAAGUGGUGUCAGCCCUGCCCGCUGGGGUGCAGCUGCAAGGCAUUGCCCUCACUGGCUGGCAAAGGUAUGACCACCUGUCAGUCCUCUGUGAGCUGAUGCCCCUGGCACUUCCUUCUCUGGCCUCUUGUCUGCAGACGCUGAUGCAUGGUAGCUUCUCACAGGAAGCUCAGACCAAAGUGACUGAGGCUCUGGGAAGCCCUUCCACAGAGGUGGAGGAUGUAGGCAGAGUAUCCCCUGGAAGCAAUGAAUCUUUUCCUGGCCAGAAGCUUGCUGUGUCAAUGGUGGAAUUAACAGCAGUUCUACAGUCAGAAGAUCUCCAGCUCUUUGAAAGCAACAUGUAUGUACGAGGCUGGUUUACCCCAUAUCACAGAGAGAGGAAAAUCACAAACCCACUCAUUGCACAGCAGAUACAGAUUCAAGUGAUGACGUUGCUCCAGGCGGUGGAACCCAAAGCAGAGGAGGUGAAGCAGGAGAUGGCCCUGCUGUACCCUCAGGCCACAGUAGAGGAGUGGGUAGCACAGCACAUCAGUGCAGUGGUGGCUCCUCUUCACAGCUUACUGAAGGACUUGCAACUUGCAAUGGAAGAAAUGGGGCUGCAUGCACCAGUGCCACCCAGUGGAUGGUAGACAAGAGAACUGUGAUGUUGAUCGGAGAAUAUAGUUGGCUUUGAUGUAGUAGUCAAUGUUGUUGAUUUGAACUCUUCGGUGAAAUGACAAUUGGGACCACAAGAUGUUGCUACUGGGAAUGAUUUUUCAGUCACACUGAACUAAAGAUUGACACAGCUGGAAUACACAAACAUGAUGUAGAUGUCAUUUUAUUUUGGUGAUUAAUAAAGUAUUAUUAAAAUGGAUGAAAUUACACUA